CGUAGCUCCAGACUCAGGGUUUGUGCUCGUCUCCAACGUCACUAUCACCAUCACUACUCAGAAUUCAGGCUUCACCAGUACCUCGACGCUCAUACUUGGCAGCACGCAACAGAACUAACGACCAACGAAGGCAACGUCAGGACCUUGAACUCCAAUUGGGUAUCGUGACGAGUGCUCUUAGCUUGCCCAUGUGCAUCCAGACAACCUUACCCACACACCAGAAUGGUGCUCGAUGAAGUAGCCUCGUCGCCCGAAGGUGAUUUUCCCAGCGACGAUGACCUCCAAAGCUCCGACUCCACCAAGCCCUUCGCCUACAAAUACAAAUAUGACAUAAAUGAGCAUAGGAGAUUUAGCGGCAUCAUACGCACCCUAUACGACGGAAACGAUGCAUUACUCGCCCAUAUGUCUGCCCAAGUUAAGCGGCGACUUACCGAUGAAGAAGUGAACGAACUCGUGAGAAUUUCAACGGAGUCUGAAGAGUAUAGGAAGCUUGGUAGACGGGGUGGUAAUAUCAUGGGCAUUGUCCGCUUUUAUCAGUUGCGUGGGGCUUGCACUAUGCCAGGGAUCGAUCUUAGGAAGAAAGGAUUCACCCUGGAUAAAUUCUUCUCUCUUAGGGGUGCCCAGGCAGGAAUAGCGUGGCAACUCUUACGCUUCCCUAGUUACUUUUUGGUCUAUUCGACAAUAGGUGCUGUUAUCGGAGACGCACUCCGCAAUGGACACACUCUUUCACACUUUGGGGCCAGUCCUAUUCUGAAAAGACUUAUAGAAGAAAUCAGACAAGGUGCCCAAAAGAAUUCGCGAACGGAGCACACGGGUACAAGAAGGCCGAUCACCUCGACCGAUCAUACAAUCAGAGAGAACACCAAUCAGCAGUAUGGCCGUGAAGACGAGAGUCUUAACACGGGUGUCGUCACAGACCCUCAGCGACACCAAUACGAGCGCCGACUAAAUGAGAGAUUCGGUAACUCUCAGUCUGACAAAUCCUCAACCUGGUCUCGGUCAGGGCAGCGAGAGCGACCACAGCAUCAAUCACACGAUGAUGCGUCACCAACCGGUGGGCUGGGUACUUUUGAUUUUGACAGUGAAGCAGAGAAAUCGUCCAGCAACUCUGCGUGGGAACGUGUCAGAAGAGGAUCCUCAUCUCAUACAUCGGAGCCUACGGUCGGGAAGUCUGGCAGAGGCCAGGGGAAAGAGUCAAGGGGGGAUGGAGGUACAUUCACGGAUGCGACGUCCGGAAAGUCUCAAGCUCAAUUAGACUUCGAUGCGCAGCUAGAACGGGAAAGGAAGGGUGCUGGUGCUGAUGCAGAAAACAGACGUUGGAGUUGAUAAGCUACAUGAUUUUGGGGACAAAUUCUUCCUAUACAAUGGCAAAACCUUUACUCACAACAGCGCUCGGUAUCCUAUUCGAAGCGAGGGGUAGUAUGCCACCAUGUUGGGAACGUGUAUUGCAACAUGUGGAGGCGUUUCUCGCUCAUGAUCUGCCAAAAAUAAUCUCCGUCAAGGACGUCCACAGGUGUUAACAGAUACGAUUUAAUAGCAGUCAGUAUACUGUCAUGUGCUCCCACCACAGAAUCAACAUCAUUACAUAUUUCGGACUUAAUCGAAGGGAGAGGUUCUUUUCUAUGAGAGGGACAUGCUUGAUCACAU